AUGUAUUUCUUUCUUUCUUUCUUUCUUUCUUUCUUUAUAUUUCCCCUUUCUUUCUUUCUUUCUUUCUAUUUCUCCUUUCUUUCUUUCUUUCUUUCUUUCUAUUUCCCCUUUUUUUCUUUCUUUCUUUCUUUCUUUCUUUCUUUCUUUACUCUAUUAGUUUUUUUCUAUCUAUCUAUCUAUCUAUCUAUCUAUCUAUCUAUCUAUCUAUCUAUCUAUCUUCGCAUUUACUAUCUACCCGUAUAUCUAUUCUUUCUUUCUUUUUUUUCUUUCUUUCUUUCUUUCUUUCUACUCUCUGAUUAUCUACCUCUGUAUCUAUCUAUAUGGAGCUUAGCCUCAUUUUUUAUUAGUUUUUUUAUCUAUCUAUCUAUCUAUCUAUCUAUCUAUCUAUCUAUCUAUCUAUCUAUCCAGCUAUCGAUUUUCGCAUUUACUAUCUACCUGUAUAUCUAUUCUUUCUUUCUCUCUUUCUUUCUUUCUUUCUUUCUUUCUUUCUUUCUACUCUCUGUUUAUCUAUCUCUGUAUCUAGCUAUAUGGAGCUUAGCCUCUUUUUUCGUUCUUUCUUUCGUUCGUUCUUUCAUAUUUUCUAUCUACCUAUUCACUUGGCUAUCCAGAUUAGUCUGUUCAUAUCUAUCUAUCUAUCUAUCUAUCUAUCUAUCUAUCUAUCUAUCUAUCUAUCUAUCUUAG